AUGGCACGCCAACAAGUUGUUGUUGCUCUUCUUCUGUUGGCCACCGUGGGUUUGGCCUUCGCUGCCAGCGCCCCCAGCCCCGCCGCCGCCACCAAACCCGACCUCCUAACCUUCGCUGGUGUGCCCUCGGCCGGACCAGUCCCUGACAAUAACGAUGUGGGAACCAUUGCCGUUGGUGGCUCCGGCAAUGGUGCUUCCGAGGCUCCUUCUCCUGGCGGUGACAUUGGUGGCUCCGGUGCUGGUGCUUCCGAUGCUCCUUCUCCUGGUGGUGCCGACAGCGUUACCGCCGGCUCUGUUGGUGGACCCGUCUCUGAUUCAGCUUUCGGCUCCAUUGCCAGUGGUAAUGCCGAGGGUCCUAAUCCUAGCGCUGCCACCGCUGGACAGCUCUCCGCGGGAGUAGCUGUUGCCGCUGGCGUCGCCGCCUCCUUCUUGUUCUAA